AUGUCUGCAAGCGCACCCUAUGUUGGCUACGCCAGGCGCACAUCAAGAGCUGGCAGCCGGUAUAUAUCAAGUAUAUGCUGGUCUUACUAUAGUCGAUUAACAUUCUACCAACAAGUCGAAUGGGAUACCAGGAUUUAUUCUAACAUUCACGCUGUCAUUGUUAUUAUCUGCUGUGGUACAAUAGCUUUGGGUGAUCAGGCUGGAGGAAUAGCACCUUAUAUAUCGGCUCUCAGAAUGUUAUCUGAGGCAUCGACACCUUUUGUCAAUCAAAGGUGGUUCUUAGAUGCUUGUAAAUAUGAAAGAGGAACAUCCAUCUACGUCAUCAACGGACUAUUGAUGACUGCUUCGUUUUUCCUAUCGCGACUGUGUCUCGCGCCUAUUCAGUACCAUGUUAUUUACCAUUAUUGGCAAACGGGUGUCUUGAAUGCUAUGACAAGUUUAGAAGUGUUCGCUUUGAUCAUUCUACCAGCUAUUGCUGAUGUACUGAACUGUUAUUGGUUCUACAAAAUGCUUCGAGGAGCUUUCAAGAUAGUGACUUCGUUGUUUAAAGAUAAUACGGCGAAAAAAUUAAAAGAUUAA